GCUAGGGGAAGUGACGUCACAGCGCGAUGGCGGCGGCUCCUUUAGGCGGCUGAAGGGGGAUUUAGGCCCGGAAGAUCCGAGUCCAUCCGCGGCGGGGAGAGGGCAAGCGGGGCCGGCAGGGGCCGGAGCAGUGGCGGCGGCGCUCGGACUGUCCCAUCCGCCCCGUAUUGAGGCGCUGGGAGCGGCGGGGCGGCCGGAAAGCGAUGGUGAAAGCGGGGCCGUGAGGGGGGCGGAGCCGGAGCGGACCCGCAGUAGCGGCAGCAGCGGCGCCGCCUCCCGGAGCGCAGACCCAGGAAGCGGCCGGGCGGGCAGGAGCUAGCUGCACCGCCGCCAUGGAGCUGAGGGUCGGGAACAGGUACCGGCUGGGCCGCAAGAUCGGAAGCGGCUCCUUCGGAGACAUCUAUCUCGGUACGGACAUUGCUGCAGGAGAAGAAGUUGCCAUCAAGCUUGAAUGUGUCAAAACCAAACAUCCUCAGCUCCACAUUGAGAGCAAAAUCUACAAAAUGAUGCAGGGAGGAGUGGGCAUCCCUACCAUUAGAUGGUGCGGGGCCGAGGGAGACUACAAUGUCAUGGUGAUGGAGCUGCUGGGACCAAGCCUAGAAGACCUCUUCAACUUCUGCUCGAGGAAGUUCAGUCUCAAAACUGUUCUGCUGCUGGCUGACCAAAUGAUUAGUCGUAUUGAGUACAUUCACUCGAAGAACUUCAUCCACCGAGAUGUGAAGCCAGAUAACUUCCUCAUGGGGCUGGGGAAGAAAGGAAACCUGGUCUACAUCAUUGACUUUGGGCUGGCCAAGAAGUACCGGGAUGCCCGCACACACCAGCACAUCCCCUACCGAGAGAACAAGAACCUCACAGGGACGGCGCGCUAUGCCUCCAUCAACACACACCUUGGAAUUGAACAAUCUCGGAGGGACGACUUGGAAUCUCUGGGGUACGUGCUGAUGUACUUCAACCUGGGCUCUCUCCCCUGGCAGGGGCUGAAGGCUGCCACCAAGAGGCAGAAGUACGAGAGGAUCAGUGAGAAGAAGAUGUCUACUCCCAUUGAAGUGCUGUGCAAAGGCUAUCCCUCUGAAUUUGCCACAUACCUGAAUUUCUGCCGUUCCUUGCGUUUUGACGACAAACCUGACUACUCCUACCUGAGACAGCUCUUCAGGAAUCUGUUUCAUCGCCAGGGCUUCUCCUAUGACUAUGUGUUCGACUGGAACAUGCUCAAAUUUGGUGCCAGCCGGGCUGCAGAUGAUGCUGAGCGGGAACGCCGGGACCGAGAGGAGCGAUUGAGACACUCCCGAAAUCCAGCCACCCGUGGCCUCCCUUCCACAGCCUCGGGCCGCCUGCGGGGGACCCAGGAAGUGGCUCCCCCAACACCCCUCACCCCUACCUCACACACAGCCAACACCUCUCCUCGGCCCGUCUCUGGCAUGGAACGAGAGCGGAAAGUGAGCAUGCGGCUGCAUCGUGGGGCCCCAGUCAAUGUUUCCUCAUCUGAUCUCACAGGCCGACAAGAUACCUCUCGCAUGUCCACCUCACAGAAUAGCAUUCCUUUCGAACACCACGGCAAGUAGCUGCUCGUCUCCGUCGGAAGGCAGCACUGGAUUCCUGGUCGGGUGGCUUCCAGUGGUCUUCAGUCUGUCGUACACCGAUGAGAACUCUCCUUUUUGCUGUGAAGGGCAGACAAUGCAUGGCUGAUCUACUCUGUUACCAAUGGCUUUACUAGUGACACGCCCCCCGGUCUAGACCCGAAACGUUAACGCCGGGAGCUCUCCAGGCCACUCACCCAGCGACGCUCAUGGGGAAUCAAAAUACAAACUAAACGGACAGGCUCCAAGAGCUGCCACCGCCAGGGGCUGCCACCAUGGCCCCCACGUGAGCUCAGUUGUCACGGGGCUGGGAAGAAGAGCAGAGUAUGGGAGACCAUUGCAGAGAGAACCAGACUCCUGUCAAGAGCUCUCAGCUCCCUCCAAUGGUGGCAAACCUGCGCUCCCUGAUGAUCCUACCGCAGCUACCCGUCUUCUACUUGGUUAAGACAGUUUUGUAUCAUUUUGCUAAAAAUUACUGGCUUAAAUCUGUGUAAAGAAA